AAACGUCAGACGAUGUCGAUGUCGGAGUUUGUGUAACAAAAAUAAUUAAUAUCCCGGAGUUUUGUGAUAAUAUUAUGUGAAUAAUGAGAUGAAAGUGUGAAUAAAUGUUAGAAUAGUGUCUGUUAGUGAUUAUGGCGCAUAGUGGUGGUGUGUUGAGCUCGGAUAUAUCGCGACGGAACCCGCAGGAUGAAUACGAGCUCAUUCAAAGGAUUGGUUCUGGCACCUAUGGGGACGUUUACAAGGCGAAACGUCUCAACGGGAACGGGGAGCUUGCCGCCAUCAAGGUGAUCAAGCUGGAGCCGGGCGAUGACUUCGCCAUCAUCCAGCAGGAGAUCCUGAUGAUGAAGGAUUGCAGGCACCCCAACAUAGUCGCCUACUACGGCUCCUACCUCAGGAGAGACAAGCUUUGGAUCUCUAUGGAGUACUGUGGGGGAGGGAGCUUGCAGGACAUCUACCACGUGACGGGCCCGCUGACCGAGCUGCAGAUAGCCUACAUGUGUCGAGAGACAUUAAUGGGGCUCUCCUAUCUGCAUAGCAUGGGCAAGAUGCAUCGGGACAUAAAAGGCGCAAACAUCUUGCUAACGGAGUGCGGGGAUGUGAAGCUGGCGGAUUUCGGGGUCUCAGCUCAGAUCACGGCCACCAUCAACAAACGAAAGUCAUUCAUCGGGACGCCAUAUUGGAUGGCGCCGGAGGUGGCAGCAGUGGAAAGAAAGGGAGGUUACAACCAGCUCUGUGACAUCUGGGCGUGCGGUAUCACCGCCAUAGAGCUGGCAGAGCUCCAGCCGCCCAUGUUCGAGCUGCACCCCAUGCGGGUCCUCUUCCUGAUGUCCAAGUCGGGCUUCAAGCCGCCGCAGCUGAAGGAGCGGGAGCGCUGGUCGCAACUGUUCCACGCUUUCCUUAAGUUGGCGCUUACUAAAAAUCCGAAGAAGAGACCCACAGCUGACAAGUUACUUCAGCACGCGUUCUUCCACCAAGAAAUGAACAAGCGUCUUGCAAUAGAGUUGUUACAGAAGUACUCCAACCCGCCCAGCGUGUGUAACUCGGAAAUGGAUGAUGAUGGGGCCGUCUCAAACGUACCACAGCGUAUCGCGUCCAAGCACACGGGGCGCGGGGUGGGGGUGGGGGUGGGGCGGCGCGUGCUGGAGCAGGCUGCCGGCCGCCCGAGGUCGCUGCUCACCGACCACGUGGUGCCCACCAGGGACCUCUCCAGUGGACGUGUCCGUAUGGAAGAAGAGAGAGCUGCACGUAGAGCAGGCUACGACGAUUCUCCCAUCAUAGACCUAGACGCGGAUGAAGACCUAGGUCACGGAGCAGCUAGGGCCCGCCUGCUCAACUUUACUGACGAGCCGGAACGAGCUGACACUGUCAAACGAGUUUCAGUGCACCACAGACAACCGAGCGAAGAUUGGAGCGUGAAAUCUCUCAUGACCUGCCCGAAACACAACCCCCACACUCCAGAAAUGGCCAACGACACUAUGCCCAACAGCGAAAACAAGUGGUGUCGGGUGAUCACGGGUGAUGAUAUUAUGAGAAUGAGUCUGAGGAGCCUCUUGCAAUAUAUAGACGAAGAAUUAAUGCUCAGGGCAACACUACCGAUGACAGCGGACACCGCAGCCAUGUCGCAAGCGGCCGGCCUGUCGGUUCACGAUCAACAUCUAUCACAAUGUAUCCAGCUAAAACAAAACUUCUUAAACAAUUCUACUACUAACAUAUACCAGAAUCUAGCUUCCAACUACCAAACUCCUAUAAACGCUUCUAGAGUAUCUAUAGACGAUCCGCUAUGUAGACGAAUGGGGGAAACUGAUAUAAUGUUCGCAGACCAACCGGGCAGCGAAUCCAUAGUUGAAUCACCACAGAUCAGAAACUCUAACUGCGAAUGUGGUCUAUGCCCCAAACCGGAACCCAGAGACAAUAACACUUUGAGCGACUUACAGAGAUCUGUCGCUUCUAAAUGCUCAUGCGACGCUUGCAACUCCAACGCCGACAUAUUAAGUUACUACAGAAAUUGCUCGAAUCAUAAUUCUGACUCUGGCAUAGUUUACUGUGAUACUUGUAAGAAGCAAAAGAUUUCUAUAUCCAACUUUAAAGCGCUACAGAUAGCUAAUAGACUCCAAAUAGCGGAUAAAGUCGAAAACGGGUCGACGUCAGACGACGAUCUAUGUCGAAAAAUCGAUAUAAGUAUGACAGAUGACACACACGAACACAGGAAGCGACAUAAUAGACACAAUUCUGAGUCUACAGUCGGUAUAGAUCUAAGUCAGUUCUGUCAGUGUGAGUUGGAGAGUAGUAAGAGGAAGACGUCGUCUGUGGACGAGAUAUUCAAGAUGGCGGAAGGGGAUGUGAAGCAGGAGGCGCCGGAGGAGGAUAAAUAUAGCCAGAGGCAGAGGAGUCUGUCGGACAGCCAGAGGGAUAAAGCCAAGGUCGAGACGAAAGCCCUGGCCACCCCCCCGGUGCCCCCCCGGCGAGCCCGCGCUCGCGCGCCGCCCCGCGCGCGCACGCCCCCCCGCCCCGCGCCCAACGGCCUGCCCCCCACACCCAAGGUGCACAUGGGGGCCUGCUUCUCCAAGGUGUUCAACGGUUGUCCACUAAGGAUAAAUUGCACUGCGUCAUGGAUCAACCCGGACACAAGAGACCAGCACAUACUGAUUGGUGCGGAGGAGGGCAUAUACACACUGAACUUGAACGAACUUCACGAGACCGCGAUGGACCAGCUGUGUCCACGGCGGACGAUAUGGCUACACGUCAUACAGGACGUUUUAAUGUCGCUCUCUGGCAAAACGCCAUCUUUAUAUCGGCACGAGUUGCUAGCACUUAUUGGUGCGCGGGGGAACAAGUCAUUACGAGUGUUACCGCCUCGUCUUCUGCCGCGGCGGUUCUCUCUCACCACAAGGGUGCCAGACACUAGAGGGUGUAUCCGUUGCGCGGUGGCCCGUAACCCAUACAACGGCUACAAGUACCUGUGCGGAGCCACUCCUCAUGGUCUCUUCCUGAUGCAGUGGUAUGAUCCGUUGCACAAGUUCAUGCUGCUCAAGAACAUAGACUGCGUGCUGCCGACCCCGCUGCUGGUGUUCGAGCUGGUCAUCACGCCGGAGCUGGAGUACCCGCUGGUGUGCGUGGGCGCCACCCGCCGCCCGCUGCGGCUGUGCUUGCUCAACAUUAACUCUGGUGCAACCUGGUUCCACUCAGACGAGCUGAACAUCUGCGGCGGCAGCAACACGGUGGUGCCGCGCGGUGAACGCUUGCACACUCUGCGGGCCGUACACCAGAUAGACAAGGAUACGGUGUUGGUGUGUCACGAGAACGUGGUUGACAUAAUCCCCGUGUUGCCGCCCGCGCUCGACACGCGACGGGAGGACGAGAAACGGAAGAACAAACUGCUGCCGAGGAUAGAGUUCGACUUCAAUAUUGACAGCAUAUUGUGCCUGGCGGACUCGGUGCUGGCGUUCCACCGGCACGGCGUGCAGGGCCGGUCGCUGCGGCACGCCGACGUCACGCAGGAGAUCACCGACGAGAGCCGCGCGUACCGUCUGCGGGGGAGCGACAAGGUUGUGGUGCUGGAGUCGCACUUGCUGCAAAGCAACACGCUGUCCGGCGACGACGGGAACGACCUCUACAUACUGGCGGGGCACGAGGCCUCCUACUAAACACACAUAUAUUACAUUGAUAUAGGUAACUAACACCCAUGGUAGAGACAGACACACAUACACGGACUGCAGGCAGACAGG